AUGCGAGGAGAUUACAAGCUUAAAGACUUCUUGUCAGAAACAAAAACAGAUAGCCAGAUGGGUCUGGCCUGCCUUUCGAUGGUAUCAUUUGGGUUGCGAGUAAAAGAAAACCUCCGACUGUAUGGUGUUUCCGAGCUGUUUAGACAGACUUCAUCUAGAGGCGUCUUCGUAUUGCAGCCAGGGGUUGACAGCAUUAAUGCACUGUGGCUAUCUGUCCCGACCAAUUCCUGA